AUGUCUGUAGAAGAACUGGAUCCAGAGGUCUUGAAUGACAUUUUCACAAAUUUCUUUGACCAGGAGGAAUAUGGAGACUUUCAGGUUGCAGACAGGAACUUUAGACAAGUAGAUGCUGACCAGUUUCUUAAAGAAAAUGAAAAUAAAAAUACCCAAAAGAAGACAGAGAGUGACAUGAAGUUAUUCUUCUCUUUUCUGAUGUCAAAAAAUGAAAUGAGAAAACCAGAAUACAUUCCCCCAUAUCAGCUUAAUUCAUUACUGUGUGAAUUUAUCUUGGGUGUUACCAAGAAAGAUGGCAGGGAAUAUGAGCCUACAACUUUGCGGGGCUUUAUAAGCUCUGUUGACAGAUAUCUAAAAAAAACAGCAACAGCUGAAAGGCCAGGACUUGGCAAUAAGCCGAGAGCUGCAGAAACCAUGACAGAGUCUAUCAUUGACCAGAUGCAUGAAGCCAGGACACUAGGUGACUACACUCCAAGGUCUUUGUUACACUCCAUGUGGUUUGUAUGCACAAACCAUUUUGGAAUGCGGACAGGCAAAGAAUGCCGUGAUCUCUGCUGGGGAGAUAUUCAUCUUAGAAUGGACGAAACUUCUGGUGGGGAGUAUCUUAUAUAUGACCAAGAGAGACAAACCAAAACCAGAUCUGGUUCAAAUCCUCGGGACAUUAGAGGUACAAAACCCAAAGCCUAUGCCACUGCUGACGCCCAGAGAGAUCCUGUACAUCUGUACAAGCUGUACAGCCAGAAACGACCGGACGAAAUGUGCAAACCUGACAGCCCAUUCUUCCUUACACCAAAUGAUAAACCACAGAGAUGCUGGUUCAAAAAAACCCCACUUGGAAUAAAUAAACUUUACAACAUUAUGAGAGACAUGAAGGCUGAAGCAGGAAUUGAAAAUCCCAGAAUAACGCCUUACAGCUCCAGAAAACAUCUGGUUCAAACUCUAAACGAUGCUGGGGUCCCUGCCAACCAAAUCAUGCAAAUUUCUGGUCACAAGAAUGUGAAUUCUAUAAACAACUACAGUAAAAUCAACAACGACCAGUCGAGAAAUAUUUCUAAAAUACUGUCGAAUCAGAGAAAUGAAACCAACCUUCAAACUCAAGGAAGUGGUGCUGCCAGUGCUCCGGAGCGAAUUCCAGACAGUUCCCCCCCAAGACUAUUCCCUCUCUGA